AUGGUUGGCGGCCUGGCGAUGAAGGAGACCCUGAAAUGGCUCGUAGAGCAGCAGAAACAGACCCAGCAAGCCCUGCAGACUUUCCAGCAGGCACACCAAGCAGAAAGACAGGCCGCUUUGGUCUGGCAGGCCAAGCAACAGAAAAGCCUGCAGGACUUCAUCCGGGAGCAAAGCAAUGUCCACGGGUGCAGGAGGUGCUACCACAGUGGAGCACCCAAAGGGAUACACAUCUGGAAGAAUCUCAGUUACUGCACAGGUCUUUGCAGAGCAAGUUUCCGUGGGAAAGAAUUCAUUACGGUCUUCAUGCAAAACCAUGUCGAAAGUGUCGAAGCAGAUUGCAAGCUCUUCAUCACUGGUUACCAUGCCUCCACUACGGUUACUGUGACGGUGAACAAGGGUACGUUCCGGAAAGUGACGCCUGUUGGAGAAGGACAGACGGUGACCGUGCAGAUCCCAGCCUCGGUAGAGAUGUUUGGGAGCAAAAUAUUUGAUAGCACCAUCCUGAUUCAGGCUGACAAAGACAUCUCUGUCCUGUCUGUUAACUCAAAGCCCAAUUCCAUCGAUACCACUGUAGUGUACCCCACUGAGAAGUUGGGUACUGUAUAUUACAUUGUAACUCCCCCUGGCAAAUAUGGAGGCACCUACAAAGAGUUUGCUGUCGUAGCAGGGCAGGCUCCCACUACAGUUGAUAUUUACUUGAAAGGGGCUGUAAUGUUCAAAGGGUGGAUCUAUGCUGCUGGGCGUAAACUCACUGUUACCCUCGCUCCCUACCAAGCCUUGCAACUGCAAAGCUCUGUGGAUUUAUCUGGCACUAAAAUCAAGUCUCGGGAACAUGUGGCCGUCUUGACUGGGCACAGCUGUGCUGAACAAAACACUGUUUGUGAUUACGCUGUCGAGCAGCUCCUGCCCGUCUCCAGCUGGGGCAGCACAUACAUCGUCCCUCCUCUGUCCUUCCAGAACAAGUAUGACAUUGCGUACAUCAUCGCCUCCCAAAACACUCGCAUUGACUAUCAGUCAGGGCCCACACGAGCUUCCCGCAACAUAUUGGCUGGGCAGGUUGUUCAAUAUAAAGUCCGAGUCUCUCACCCACUUUACAUCUCUGCUGGUGCCGGCAUCCAGGUUCUUCUCUUCUUCACUGGUGCUAAUAAUGGGAAAUCCACGUAUGACCCGUUCCUCAUCAACAUCCCACCCGUCACAAACUACUGCCACUCCUACCACAUUGACGGGGUGAAGGAUUUUGAGAACCGUGUGCUGAUCGUAGUCAAGAGCUCAGAGUCCAGCAGGAUCACCUCUGAUCAGAGAGCCAUAGGAAAUGUCCAGUGGAGGCAGAUCCCCGGCACGGAGUAUUCUUGGGGAGAGUACAGCUUCGGAACAAAGAUUAGUGCCCUUUCCGUACAGCACCCGACCUCUCCCUUCGGUCUGCUGAGCUUUGGAGGGGGGGAGCACAGUGGAUAUGGCUCAGCUGGCCUUUGUGCACCCAGUAACCCGGCCCUGUCCUGCAGCACUGUUCAAUGCAGGAAGAAAGAGUCGUGUCAGAUUGUAGAUGGCCGCCCGGAGUGUGUGGCUGAGUCAGAAUCCACCUGCUGGGCUCAGGGAGACCCACAUUAUCACACCUUCGAUGGGCGGAAUUUCGACUUCAUGGGCACCUGCACCUACACCAUCGCCAAGACCUGUGGCUCAGACUCAACUCUCCCGUCAUUCAGUGUCAAGGCCAAGAACGACAACAGGGGCAACACGCGUGUUUCCUAUGUUGGUUAUGUGACGGUUGAAGUCUAUAAUGUCACUGUCUCAGUGGUCAGAUCUGAGACUGGGUUUGUGAGGGUGAACGCCCAGCGCUCCCGCCUUCCCAUCUCCCUGCUCGAGGGGAAGCUGAAGGUGUAUCAGAGUGGAGGUUCUGUGGUCAUUGAGACUGACUUCUCCCUGAGGGUCUCCUAUGACUGGAACAGCUACCUGGUGGUGAAGAUCUCCAGCAGCUUCUCGGAGAGCAUGUGCGGCCUGUGUGGCAACUACAAUGGGGAACCUGGGGAUGACUUUGCCACCCCCACAGGGGCACUGGCUGCCAGCCCCGUGGAGUUCGGGAAAAGCUGGAAGGUGGAGGACGGGGACAGGUUCUGCUGGGACGACUGCCACGGGGAGUGCAAGAGCUGCUCCCCAGAGCUGGUUGGCAGGUACAAAGCUGAGCCCUUCUGCGGCUGGAUCACCAAAGAGGCGAGUGGCCCCUUCAGCCAGUGCCACUCCGUGAUCGACCCCAAAAUCUACCUGGACAACUGUGUCUAUGACUUGUGCAUGAACGACGGCCUCAAGGAGAUGCUGUGCCGGGUGCUGACGAACUACGCUGAUGCCUGCCGGAGAGAGGGGGCGGCCAUCUCCGACUGGAGGACACCCACAGGAUGCUCUCUGCCCUGCCCGGAGAACAGCCAGUAUAAGGCUUGCGGCUCUGCAUGUCCUGCCACCUGCAAUGACCAAGCAGUCCCUAACAACUGCUCCUCACCCUGCGUGGAGACCUGCCAGUGCAACAAGGGCUUCGUGUUGGACGCUGGGAAAUGCAUCCCCAAGGCUGGAUGUGGGUGCGAGUUCCAGGGGCGUCUGUAUGAUCUUGGAGAGCAAUUCUGGGGGGACAGCACCUGCACCAGACGGUGCCUCUGUGACCCCCAAACCAGGCAAGUGAGAUGCCAGGCCACAGGGUGCAGGACUGGGGAACAGUGCCGGGUAGAGAAUGGCAUCCAGAACUGCUACCCCAGCAGCUAUGGAACCUGCUCAGCUUCAGGGGAUCCUCACUACAUCAGCUUUGACGGGAAGAAGUUUGACUUCCAGGGCACCUGCCUGUAUCAGUUUGCCGGGCUGUGCAUCAAAAGCCAGGACCUGGUGGAUUUCCAGGUCCUAGUUCAGAACGACCAUCGGGGCAGCCAAGUCGUGUCCUUCACCAAAGUUGUGCAGGUCAAAGUCUAUGAGGUUGACAUUGUGAUCAGCAGGGAAAACCCCGGCAGAGUCGUGGUGAACAGCGUGCUGAUCAACCUACCAUAUAGCACCAACGACAGCAAGAUCUCCAUAUACCGGAGGGGGCAGGCAGCAGUGGUCCAGAUUGACUUCGGUCUCACCGUCACCUUUGACUGGCAGGGCCAGAUCACUGUCACUGCUCCAAGCACCUACGCUGGAGCCGUGUGCGGUCUCUGUGGGAACUUCAACGGGGACAAGGGUGAUGAGUUGACCACGAGGGGCGGCACAUUGGCCCCAAACCCAACGGUCUUUGGGCAGAGCUGGAAGGUGAAGGAUAUCCCCGGCUGUGUGGAGAUUACCAAGUACGAGUGCUCAGAUCUAGAGGCUGUUGAGAGACGCCAAAGAGGAAUGAAUGGGGAGUGUGGGAUCCUCCUAGACAAGAGCGGCCCCUUCCGAGAGUGCCACAGCAAAGUCGACCCCGAGGGCUACUUCCAAGACUGCGUGUACGACUAUUGCGUCUUCAAAGGCCAACAAGCUGUGAUAUGCCAGCUUAUCACCAGCUAUGCCACAGCCUGCCAUGCUGCUGGGGUGACUAUCUAUGCCUGGAGGACCAACUCCUUCUGCAGUCUCUCCUGUGCCCAAAACAGCCACUAUGAGGUCUGUGCCCGGGGCUGCCAGUCGACCUGCAGCAGCCUCUACGCCCCAGUUCAGUGCUCGGCCCAGUGCUGGGAAGGCUGCGUGUGUGAUGAGGGCUUUGUGCUCAGCGGUGAUGAGUGUGUUCCUAUAUCCCAAUGUGGAUGUGGCUACCUGGGAUUUUAUUAUAAGGCUGGGGAGACUUUCCACCCAACAUGCCAGGAGCAGUGUGUGUGCCAGGCCAGCGGAGACGUGGUGUGUAAGGGGUUGUCCUGCCGCCCUAAUGAGGAGUGCAAGCUGGUGAAUGGCAUCCGGAAAUGCCAGCCUGUCGGAUCUGCAACAUGCUCCGCAGCCGGGGACCCCCACUACCUCUCCUUCGAUGGGGUCGCCUUUGAUUUCCAAGGCACCUGCACCUACAUCCUGGCCAAGACCUGCGCUGAUGCCGGGAACCUGACGUCCUUUGCCGUGAAGGUGGAAAAUGAGCCCUGGGGCAAUGGGAAGGUGUCUGUCACCAAGCUGGUGUCCGUGGAGGUCUAUGGGCUCACGCUCACCCUGCUGCAGAACAAGAAGGGGCUUGUCAUGGUAAAUGGGGUGUCCCACAACCUCCCUGUGGUCGUGGCCGAUGGGCAGCUCCAAGCAUAUCAGCACGGCGGGAACGUGCUGGUGCAAACGGACUUCGGCCUCACCGUGAGCUACGACCUGGUUUACCACGCCAGAGUCACCGUCCCAGGGAACUACCAGGGCCAGACGUGCGGCCUAUGCGGGAACUACAACGGGCGUCGGGACGACGAGUUCCUGCUCCCCGAUGGCAGGGCGGCCCCUAACGUGGCAGCGUUCGGUUCCGCCUGGAAAGUCCCAGUCCCGGGGGUGGCCUGUGCUGACGGAUGCACCAGGGACAACUGCCCGGUCUGUGAGGAGAGGAAGAAGGACAUCUUCAAACAGCGCAACUACUGCGGGCUGCUCACGGCCCCCGAUGGCCCCUUCACUGCCUGCCACAGCACGGUCAGCCCCACUGUGUAUUUCAACAACUGCCUCUAUGAUCUGUGCCUGGGCAAUGGGGACUCCCAGGUCCUGUGCCAGAGCAUCCACAGCUACGUGACGGCCUGCCAAGAGGCCCGGGUCACCAUUCAGCCCUGGAGGAGCGCCUCCUUCUGCCCUCUGCCCUGCCUGGCUAACAGUCACUACGAGCUGUGCGCCGACCUUUGCACCACCACCUGUGCCAGGAUCACCGACGCCAGGAAGUGCCCAGAUACCUGCGCCGAAGGCUGCCAGUGCGACGAUGGCUUCCUCUUCGAUGGCCAGGGUUGCGUUGCUCUGCAGAGCUGUGGGUGCUUCAACAAGGGGCUAUAUUACAAGCCCAACCACACGGUCCUGAAGAAGAAGUGCCAGCAAAGCUGCACCUGCAUUCCUGGCCAAGGAUUCACCUGUGAGGCCCACAGCUGUGCCAGUGAUGAAACCUGUGAGAUCAGAGAUGGAGUCAUGCAAUGUAUCAACAAAGAUCCUUGCAAAGUUCUGAAGUGCCGGACCAAGGAGACGUGCAAGAUCAAGAAUGGCCGUGCAACUUGUGUUCCCAACUUCAUUGGAACCUGCUGGGGCUGGGGGGACCCGCACUAUCACACCUUUGAUGGGCUGAACUUUGACUUCCAGGGCACCUGCACCUACACCCUGGCCAAGUACUGUGGGACUGACCCCACCCUGGUGCCCUUCACCAUCAAUGAGAAGAACGACAACCGGGGGGGGAAUCAGGCUGUCUCCUACGUGCGCCUGACCAACAUCUAUGUCUAUGGGUACAACAUCGCUAUCUACAAGAAGGAAGUUGGGAAAAUCAGAAUCAAUGACGUGACCACCAGCUUGCCGGUGACCCUUGAAGAUGGUAAAAUCAAGCUCUACCAGAGCGGUCUCAAUGCUAUCCUGCAGACAGACUUUGGUCUGCAGGUGUCGUAUGACUGGAACUGGCACCUGAUCAUCACCCUCCCCAGCAGCUAUUAUGGGGCCAUGUGCGGCCUUUGUGGGGAUUUCAACCAAAACCGUGGAGAUGACAUGACAUCACCCAACGGUACAAGAUUCUCCUCCAUCGUGGAUUGGGCCAAGGGCUGGAAAGUCAAAGACCGGGACCCUUUCUGCUGGGAUGUUUGCAAAGGGAAAUGCCCAACGUGCGAUGAGAGCAAGAAGGAGACCUAUGGGGGCAAUGAAUAUUGUGGUUUGAUCAGCAAAGCACCGGGAGGGCCCUUCAGAGAGUGUCACCCCAAAGUGAGCCCGGAGGACAUUUUUGACAGUUGCAUCUACGACGUGUGUCUGAACGGGGGAGCCAAGAACAUCCUGUGCCAGGCGCUGGAGGCCUACGCAGCCAUCUGCAAGAAACAGGGCAUCACCGUCUAUGACUGGAGGACACCAUCCGGCUGUGUCCUGCCCUGCCCUGAGAACAGCCACUACGAGGCCUGUGGAAACGCCUGCCCAGCCAGCUGCUCUGACCGAACUGCCCCCUCCUCCUGCCAGGAGCCCUGCGUGGAGACCUGCCAGUGUGACAACGGUUAUGUCCUGAGUGCCGGCCAGUGUGUCCCCGUGGGGAGCUGUGGCUGUGACUACAAUGGCCGCUACUAUAAACCCAACGAGGAGUUCUGGGCUGAUGAGAACUGCCGCUCUCGGUGCAGAUGUGACCCCAGCCUGGGCAUGGUGGUUUGCCAGGAGACCAGCUGCAAAGCCAGUGAGAGAUGUGCUGUUAUCAACGGGGUCCGUGACUGCCACGCAAUCAGCUACUCCACGUGCACAGCCUCUGGGGACCCUCAUUACACCACCUUUGACGGGAAAAAGUACGAUUUCAUGGGCACCUGCAUCUACCAGCUGGCUGGGGUCUGCUCCGAGGACCCCACGCUCACCUCAUUCAACAUCAAGGUGGAGAAUAACAACCGCGGCAGCAAGGCCGUGUCCUACACCAAAACGGUGACCUUGGAGGUGUACGGCAGAAGCAUCACUGUGAGCCAGCAAUAUCCCCGCAAGAUCAAGGUGGAUGGAGUCUUCAUGGACCUGCCGUUCUACCAAGAGGAGAAGCUACAGGCCUACGUCAGCGGAUCCCACAUCGCCAUCAAGACCGCCUUCGCCCUGACGGUGACCUUCGACGGGAGCAGCCUGGUCCGGGUCACCGUGCCCAACACCUACACCAACGCCCUCUGCGGCCUCUGUGGCAACAACAACCAAACUGCCAGUGACGACCUGACCAUGAGGGACGGGAGCCGGGCGGCGAACGCCAUCCAGUUUGCAGAGAGCUGGAAGGUGGGGGAGGUCCCUGGAUGCUUGCCCAGUUGCACCAAGGACUGCCCAGUCUGCAGUGAGGCUCAGAGACAACCCUACAAGGGAGAUGGGUACUGCGGGGUCAUCACCAGAGGGGACGGGCCGUUCAGAGAGUGCCAUGAGGUCAUCGACCCAGCCCCCUUCUUUGACGACUGCGUCUUUGAUACCUGCCAGUACAAGGGUCACCGUGACGCUCUCUGCAGCGCGAUCAGUGCCUAUGUGACAGCCUGCCAGGCCAAGGGCAUCCAGAUAGGACAGUGGAGAUCGGCCUCAUUCUGCAGUGCCACCUGCCCUCGUAACUCCCACUACGAGCUCUGUGGGAACAGCUGCCCUGCCACCUGCCAUGGCCUCUCAGCACCGGACGGCUGUGAUGCUCCCUGUGCUGAAGGGUGUUUCUGUGACGCCGGGUUCCUCCUGAGCGGAGACCGGUGCGUCCCCGUUGCGCAGUGCGGCUGUGUGCACCAGGGCAGGUACUACAGGAAGGGAGAGGAGUUCUACAUCAGCGCCUCCUGCCAGGAACGGUGCCGGUGCCAAGACAGCGGGGUCGUCGAGUGCCAGGAGGCCUCCUGCGGAGCCAAUGAGCAGUGCAGGGUGGAGAAUGGAAUCCUAGGCUGCCACGCCAUGGGCUGCGGCAAAUGUGUGGUGUCUGGUAAUCGACACUAUCUGACCUUUGACGGACGGGCCUUUGAUUUCCAGGGCACUUGCACUUACAGCUUAGCCAGAGUGUGCAGCAGUGACGCUGGGCUGGCAAACUUCUCCGUGGUGGUAGAAAAUGAGAGCUACGGUAAUGGGCAAGUGUCAGUGGCACGGCUGGUGGUGGUCUCCGUUCAUGGUUACACCGUCACCAUGGAGAGGGGAAGGAAGUGGAAAGUCACGGUGGACGGGGUGUCUCACAACCUCCCUGUGGUCGUGGCCGAUGGGCAGCUCCAAGCAUAUCAGCACGGCGGGAACGUGCUGGUGCAAACGGACUUCGGCCUCACCGUGAGCUACGACCUGGUUUACCACGCCAGAGUCACCGUCCCAGGCAACUACCAGGGCCAGACGUGCGGCCUGUGUGGGAACUACAACGGGCGUCGGGACGACGAGUUCCUGCUCCCCGAUGGCAGGGCGGCCCCUAACGUGGCAGCGUUUGGUUCCUCCUGGAAAGUCCCAAUCCCGGGAGCGGCCUGUGAGGACGGAUGCUCCGGGAACAGCUGCCCGGUCUGCAAGGAGACAAAGAAGGAUUUCUUCAAACAGCGCAACUACUGCGGGCUGCUCACGGCCCCCGAUGGCCCCUUCGCCGCCUGCCACAGCACGGUCAGCCCCACUGUGUAUUUCAACAACUGCCUCUAUGAUCUGUGCCUGGGAAACGGAGACUCCCAGGUCCUGUGCCAGAGCAUCCACAGCUACGUGACGGCCUGCCAAGAGGCCCGGGUCACCAUCCAGUCCUGGAGGAGCGUCUCCUUCUGCCCUCUGCGCUGCCCGGCCAACAGUCACUACGAGCUGUGCGCCGACCUCUGCACCACCACCUGUGCCAGGAUCACUGACGCCAGGAAGUGCCCAGACACCUGCGCCGAAGGCUGCCAGUGCGACGAUGGCUUCCUCUUCGACGGCCAGGGUUGCGUUGCUCUGCAGAGCUGUGGGUGCUUCAACAAAGGGAUAUAUUACAAGCCUAAUGAGAUGGUUCUGACCAACAAGUGCCAGCAAAACUGCACCUGCAUUCCUGCCCAAGGGGUGACCUGUGAAGCUCACAGCUGUGCCAGCGAUGAAACCUGUCAGAUCAGAGAUGGAGUCAUGCAAUGCAUCAACAUAGAUCCCUGCAAAGACCUGACAUGUCGGGCCAAGGAGACGUGCAAGAUCGAGAACGGCCAUGCCAUGUGUGUUCCCAACUUCAUUGGAACCUGCUGGGGCUGGGGGGACCCGCACUAUCACACUUUCGACGGGCUGAACUUCAACUUCCAGGGCACCUGCACCUACACCCUGGCCAAGUACUGCGGGACCGACCCCACCCUGGUGCCCUUCACCAUCGAUGAGAAGAACGACAACAGGGGGGGCAACCAGGCUGUCUCCUACGUGCGCCUGACCAACAUCUACGUCUACGGGUACAACAUCUCCAUCCACAAGAAGGAAGUUGGGAAAAUCAGAAUCAAUGACGUGACCACCAGCUUGCCGGUGACCCUUGAAGACGGUAAAAUCAAGCUCUACCAGAGCGGUCUCAAUGCUAUCUUGCAGACAGACUUUGGUCUGCAGGUGUCGUAUGACUGGAAUUGGCACCUGAUCAUCACCCUCCCCAGCAGCUAUUAUGGGGCCAUGGGCGGCCUUUGUGGGAACUUCAACCAAAACCAUGGAGAUGACAUGACGUCACCCAACGGCACCAGAGUCUCCUCCAUCGUGGAAUGGGCCAGGAGCUGGAAAGUCAAAGACCGGGACCCCUUCUGUUGGGAUGUUUGCAAAGGGAAUUGCCCAACGUGUGAUGAGAGCAAGCAGAAGAUCUACGGGGGCGACGAAUACUGUGGUUUGAUCAGCAAAGCACCAGGAGGGCCCUUCAGAGAGUGUCACCCCAAAGUGAGCCCGGAGGACAUUUUUGACAGCUGCAUCUACGACGUGUGUCUGAACGGGGGAGCCAAGACCAUCCUGUGCCAGGCGCUGGAGGCCUACGCAGCCAUCUGCAAGAAACAGGGCAUCACUGUCUAUGACUGGAGGACACCAUCCGGCUGUGUCCCAAUCUGCCCUGAGAACAGCCACUAUGAGGCCUGUGGGAACGCCUGCCCAGCCAGCUGCUCCGACCAAACCGCCAACUCCUCCUGCCGGGAGCCCUGCGUGGAGACCUGCCAGUGUGACAACGGUUAUGUCCUGAGUUCCGGCCAGUGUGUCCCCAUGGGGAGCUGUGGCUGUGACUACAAUGGCCGCUACUACAAACCCAGUGAGGAGUUCUGGGAUGAUGAGAACUGCCGCUCUCGGUGCAGGUGUGACCCCAGCCUGGGCCUGGUGGUUUGCCAGGAGACCAGCUGCAAGGCCAAUGAGAGAUGCGCCGUGAUCAACGGGGUCCGUGACUGCUACCCAAUCAGCUACUCCACGUGCACGGCCUCCGGGGACCCUCAUUACACCACCUUUGAUGGAAAAAAGUAUGAUUUCAUGGGCACCUGCAUCUACCAGCUGGCCGGGGUCUGCUCUGAAGACCCCACGCUCACCCCGUUCAAUAUCAAGGUGGAGAAUAACAACCGCGGCAGCAAGGCCGUGUCCUACACCAAAGCGGUGACCUUGGAGGUGUACGGCAGAAACAUCACUGUCAGCCAGCAAUAUCCCCGCAAGAUCAAGGUGGACGGUGUCUUUGUGGCCCUGCCUUUCUACCAUGAGGAGAAGCUACAGGCCUAUGUCAGCGGAGCCCAAGUCCUCAUCAAGACCGCCUUCGCCCUGACGGUGACCUUCGACGGGAGCAGCCUGGUCCGGGUCACCGUGCCCAACACCUACACCAACGCCCUCUGCGGUCUGUGUGGUGACAACAACCAAACUGCCAGUGACGACUUGACCAUGAGGGACGGGAGCCGGGCGGCGAACGCCGUCCAGUUUGCAGAGAGCUGGAAGGUGGGGGAGGUCCCUGGAUGCUUGCCCAGUUGCACCAAGGACUGCCCAGUCUGCAGUGAGGCUCAGAGACAACCCUACAAGGGAGAUGGGUACUGCGGGGUCAUCACCAGAGGGGACGGGCCGUUCAGAGUGUGCCAUGAGGUCAUCGACCCAGCCCCCUUCUUCGACGACUGCGUCUUUGAUACCUGCCAGUACCAGGGUCACCGUGAUGCUCUCUGCAGCGCGAUCAGCGCCUACGUGACGGCCUGCCAGGCCAAGGGCAUCCAGAUAAGGCAGUGGAGAUCGACCUCAUUCUGCAGCGCCACCUGCCCCAGUAACUCCCACUACGAGCUCUGUGGGAAUGGCUGCCCUGCCACCUGCCACAGCCUCUCGGCGCCGGACGGCUGCGACGCCCCCUGUGCCGAAGGGUGUUUCUGCGACGCGGGGUUCCUCCUGAGCGGAGACCGGUGUGUCCCCGUCGCGCAGUGCGGCUGUGUGCACCAGGGCAGGUACUACGGGAAGGGAGAGGUGUUCUACACCAAGGCCUCCUGCCGGGAGAAGUGCCAGUGCAAAGACAACGGGGUGGUCCAGUGUUGGGAGACCUCGUGUGCAGCCAACGAGCAGUGCAAGGUGGCUGAUGGCGUCCGGAAAUGCCAGCCUGUCGAAUCCGCAAUGUGUUCUGCUGCCGGGGACCCCCACUACCUCUCCUUCGAUGGAGUCGCCUUUGAUUUCCAAGGCACCUGCACCUACAUCCUGGCCAAGACCUGCGCUGACGCCGGGAACCUGACGUCCUUCUCGGUGAAGGUGGAGAAUGUGCCCUGGGGUAAUGGGAAGGUGUCUGUCACCAAGCUGGUGUCCGUGGAGGUCUACGGGCUCAUGCUCACCCUGCUGCAGAACAGGAAGGGGCAUGUCAUGGUGGACGGGGUGUCUCACAACCUCCCUGUGGUCGUGGCCGAUGGGCAGCUCCAAGCAUAUCAGCACGGCGGGAACGUGCUGGUGCAAACGGACUUCGGCCUCACCGUGAGCUACGACCUGGUUUACCACGUCAGAGUCACCGUCCCAGGGAACUACCAGGGCCAGACGUGCGGCCUGUGCGGGAACUACAACGGGCGUCGGGAUGACGAGUUCCUGCUCCCCGAUGGCAGGGCGGCCCCUAACGUGGCAGCGUUCGGUUCCGCCUGGAAAGUCCCAAUCCCAGGAGCGGCCUGUGAGGACGGAUGCUCCGGGAACAGCUGCCCGGUCUGCAAGGAGACAAAGAAGGACUUCUUCAAACAGCGCAACUACUGCGGGCUGCUCACGGCCCCCGAUGGCCCCUUCGCCGCCUGCCACAGCACGGUCAGCCCCACUGUGUAUUUCAACAACUGCCUCUAUGAUCUGUGCCUGGGCAACGGAGACUCCCAGGUCCUGUGCCAGAGCAUCUACAGCUACGUGACGGCCUGCCAAGAGGCCCGGGUCACCAUCCAGCCCUGGAGGAGCGCCUCCUUCUGCCCUCUGCGCUGCCCGGCCAACAGUCACUACGAGCUGUGCGCCGACCUCUGCACCACCACCUGUGCCAGGAUCACCGACGCCAGGAAGUGCCCAGACACCUGCGCCGAAGGAUGCCAGUGCGACGAUGGCUUCCUCUUCGACGGCCAGGGUUGUGUUGCUCUGCAGAGCUGUGGGUGCUUCAACAAAGGGAUAUAUUACAAGCCUAAUGAGAUAGUUCUGACCAACAAGUGCCAGCAAAACUGCACCUGCAUUCCUGCCCAAGGGGUGACCUGUGAAGCUCACAGCUGUGCCAGCGAUGAAACCUGUCAGAUCAGAGAUGGAGUCAUGCAAUGCAUCAACAUAGAUCCCUGCAAAGACCUGACAUGUCGGGCCAAGGAGACGUGCAAGAUCGAGAACGGCCAUGCCAUGUGUGUUCCCAACUUCAUUGGAACCUGCUGGGGCUGGGGGGACCCGCACUAUCACACUUUCGACGGGCUGAACUUCAACUUCCAGGGCACCUGCACCUACACCCUGGCCAAGUACUGCGGGACCGACCCCACCCUGGUGCCCUUCACCAUCGAUGAGAAGAACGACAACAGGGGGGGCAACCAGGCUGUCUCCUACGUGCGCCUGACCAACAUCUACGUCUACGGGUACAACAUCUCCAUCCACAAGAAGGAAGUUGGGAAAAUCAGAAUCAAUGACGUGACCACCAGCUUGCCGGUGACCCUUGAAGAUGGUAAAAUCAAGCUCUACCAGAGCGGUCUCAAUGCUAUCUUGCAGACAGACUUUGGUCUGCAGGUGUCGUAUGACUGGAAUUGGCACCUGAUCAUCACCCUCCCCAGCAGCUAUUAUGGGGCCAUGGGCGGCCUUUGUGGGAACUUCAACCAAAACCAUGGAGAUGACAUGACGUCACCCAACGGCACCAGAGUCUCCUCCAUCGUGGAAUGGGCCAGGAGCUGGAAAGUCAAAGACCGGGACCCCUUCUGUUGGGAUGUUUGCAAAGGGAAUUGCCCAACGUGUGAUGAGAGCAAGCAGAAGAUCUACGGGGGCGACGAAUACUGUGGUUUGAUCAGCAAAGCACCAGGAGGGCCCUUCAGAGAGUGUCACCCCAAAGUGAGCCCGGAGGACAUUUUUGACAACUGCAUCUACGACGUGUGUCUGAACGGGGGAGCCAAGACCAUCCUGUGCCAGGCGCUGGAGGCCUAUGCAGCCAUCUGCAAGAAACAGGGCAUCACCGUCUAUGACUGGAGGACACCAUCCGGCUGUGUCCCAAUCUGCCCUGAGAACAGCCACUAUGAGGCCUGUGGGAACGCCUGCCCAGCCAGCUGCUCCGACCAAACCGCCAACUCCUCCUGCCAGGAGCCCUGCGUGGAGACCUGCCAGUGUGACAACGGUUAUGUCCUGAGUGCCGGCCAGUGUGUCCCCGUGGGGAGCUGUGGCUGUGACUACAAUGGCCGCUACUACAAACCCAGUGAGGAGUUCUGGGACGAUGAGAACUGCCGCUCUCGGUGCAGGUGUGAUCCCAGCUUGGGCCUGGUGGUUUGCCAGGAGACCAGCUGCAAGUCCAGCGAGAGAUGUGCCGUGAUCAACGGGGUCCGUGACUGCUACCCAAUCAGCUACUCUACAUGCACGGCCUCCGGGGACCCUCAUUACACCACCUUUGAUGGAAAAAAGUACGAUUUCAUGGGCACCUGCAUCUACCAGUUGGCUGGGGUCUGCUCCGAGGACCCCACGCUCAUCCCGUUCAAUAUCAAGGUGGAGAAUAACAACCGCGGCACCAAGGCUGUGUCCUACACCAAAGCGGUGACCUUGGAGGUGUACGGCAGAAACAUCACUGUGAGCCAGCAAUAUCCCCGCAAGAUCAAGGUGGAUGGAGUCUUCAUGGACCUGCCUUUCUACCAUGAGGAGAAACUACAGGCCUAUGUCAGCGGAGCCCAAGUCCUCAUCAAGACCGCCUUCGACCUGAGGGUGACCUUCGACGGGAGCAGCCUGGUCCGGGUCACCGUGCCCAACACCUACGCCAACGUCCUCUGCGGCCUGUGUGGUGACAACAACCAAAGUGCUGGUGACGACCUGACCAUGAGGGACGGGAGCCGGGCGGCCAACGCCAUCCAGUUUGCAGAGAGCUGGAAGGUGGGGGAGGUCCCUGGAUGCUUGCCCAGUUGCACCAAGGACUGCCCAGUCUGCAGUGAGGCUCAGAGACAACCCUACAAGGGAGAUCGGUACUGUGGGGUCAUCACCAGAGGGGAUGGGCCAUUCAGAGAGUGCCAUGAGGUCAUCGACCCAGCCCCCUUCUUCGACGACUGUGUCUUUGAUACCUGCCAGUACAAGGGUCACCGUGACGCUCUCUGCAGCGCGAUCAGUGCCUAUGUGACAGCCUGCCAGGCCAAGGGCAUCCAGAUAGGGCAGUGGAGAUCGGCCUCAUUCUGCAGCCCCACCUGCCCCCGUAACUACCACUAUGAGCUUUGUGGGAGUGGCUGCCCUGCCACCUGCCAUGGCCUCUCAGCGCCAGACGGUUGUGAUGCUCCCUGUGCUGAAGGGUGUUUCUGCGACGCCGGGUUUCUCCUGAGUGGAGACCGGUGCGUCCCCGUUGCUCAGUGCGGCUGUGUGCACCAGGGCAGGUACUACGGGAAGGGAGAGGAGUUCUACGCCAGCGCCUCCUGCCAGGAACGGUGCCGGUGCCAAGACAACGGGGUCGUUGAGUGCCGGGAGGCCUCCUGCGGAGCCAACGAGCAGUGCAGGGUGGAGAAUGGAAUCCUAGGCUGCCACGCCAUGGGCUGCGGCAAAUGUGUAGCAUCUGGUGACCCUCAUUAUCUGACCUUUGAUGGACGGGCCUUUGAUUUCCAAGGCACUUGCACUUACAGCUUAGCCAGAGUCUGCAGCAGUGACGCUGGGCUGGCAAACUUCUCCGUGGUGGUAGAAAAUGAGAGCUAUGGUAAUGGGCAAGUGUCAGUGGCACGGCUGGUGGUGGUCUCCGUUCAUGGUUACACCAUCACCAUGGAGAGGGGAAGGAAGUGGAAAGUGGAUGGGGAGCUCUACACUCUCCCACUGGCUAUGGACGACGGGAAACUUCAGAUCAACCAGGAGGGGAACAACAUCAUUGUUCAGUCUGCUUCUGGCCUCAAAGUCCUUUACGACACCUCCUAUUAUGUCCUAGUCUCCAUCCCCAGCUCCUACAAGGGACAUGUGUGCGGCUUGUGCGGCAACUUCAAUGGUGACAAGAACGACGACUUCCUGCUGCCCAGUGGGAGGAGUGCCCAGAACGCGGAUGAGUUCGGGGCCUCCUGGAAGGUGCCCGUUGAUGGCGCCACAUGCGCUGAUGGCUGUGGGGAAAGAUGUCCGGUCUGUGAUGCAGCUAAAACAGCGCCAUACCAGGUCGAUAGCUCCUGUGGGUUGAUCAAAGCGACAUCAGGUCCCUUUAAAUACUGUCACUCGCUGGUCAGCCCUACCGAGUAUUUCAACCAUUGUCUCUAUGAUAUGUGUGCUGCCAAUGGAGCAAGAGAAAUCCUCUGCCAGAGUAUCCAGGCCUACACGGCCGCGUGCCAGGCAGCUGGAGCCACAGUCAGUGCCUGGAGAACAGCCUCCUUCUGCCCUUUCACCUGCCCGGCCAACAGCCACUACGAGCUGUGCACUAGAUCCUGUGAUUUCACAUGUGCUGGCUUGUCCACCCCUGCCCAGUGCACUGCGAAAUGCUUUGAAGGCUGCCAGUGCGACGCCGGCUACGCAUUCAAUGGGGAAACGUGCACGUCCAUGGAAGGAUGCGGCUGCGUGCGUGACGGACGCUACAUCAAGGCCGGGGAGAGCAUCAUCUCCAGCGCUUGCUCCGAGAAGUGCACCUGCCAGGCCUCAGGCGGGCUCAUCUGUGAGCCACACAGCUGCCCCGACAAAGAGAUCUGUGCGCUCCAGGAUGGGGUGCGCAGCUGCGUGAAGCAGGAAGGCCGGUGCACACUGCUCCCCGGAGCCCAGCUCACCUCCUUCGACGGCGCCUCUGGAGGAGUUCUGUACAGUGGCGCUUACGAGCUGGCCUCUCUCUGCAACAACAGCGCCCCCUCCUGGUUCAGGGUGGUGGUGGACAUCAGGGCAUGCAGCGAUGGGGCAGCGAUGGCUGGGACAACCGCCUACAUUUUCUUCCAAGAUGCUUUCAUAGCUGUGAAAAGGAACAAGGAGACCUGGGUGAACGGGCGCCCAGUGCCGCUCCCGGUGAAGAUCUCCGAUGCUGUGUCUGUGCGUGAGUCUCAGGGCGGCGUGGCCGUGGUCCAGGCCUUGGGGAUGCAGGUUCUGUUCAGCCCCAGUGGGGAGGUGACAGUGAGGGUCAGCGAGAGCCUGGCUAACAAGCUGUGCGCAUCCUGCGGGAACUUCAAUGGCGACGUGUCCGACGACCUGCAGCUGCCCAGCGGGGGGGUUGCGGGGAACAUCACUGAGGUUAUCGAUGCCUGGAAGGCCAGAGACUUCUCCGGUUGUGACUUCUAAACAAAAUCCUGGCUGAUGAAGCAUCUUCCCUCCCUGGAGUGGACUCGCUGCCAUCUUAGCUAGGAAUUGCUCAUAGGGCC